GUGAGCACACACAUACACACACUCCCCAGAGCACCGGUGAGCACACACACUUGCUCCCCAGAGGCCGGUGGGUGAAGACAGGAUGGGGUGUAGCUCCCAGACAGAGAUGUGAGGAUGGAGAAGAGAGUGUGUGUCAUCCAGACAGACUUCCGUCAGUACAAACCCAUCAUCGCCAUCCACAGCAAGCCACUGGCACACGUUGGGUCUCUGUCGCUGCAGCAGUGUACUCAAGCUCAGACUCAGACCCAGGAGGCAGGGAUGAGGGAGAGAGAGGAGCUGAGGCGGGCUAUAGAGCAGAGCGACCGUCUGCUAGCCAGGGUCCAAGAGCUGGAGGAACAGAACACACAACUCGGGAAGGACAAGAAUGAGGUGGCCACUAAAUACAGAGCUGAGCAGGAGUGUGCCCAGGCGUCAGAUCACCGUUGUGCCCAGCUGGAGAAGGCCCAGCGUGGGCUGGAGCUGCAGCUGUCUGGCCUAUCUGAGCGCCUGGAGGAGGAGGAGGCGUGCUCGACCCAGCUGGCCCACCACAGAGAGAGGCUGGAGGCAGAGAACAGCAGCCUCAGACGAGACCUGGAGGAACUGGAGAGUGCUCUGACUGCCACCGAGAGAGACAAACAGUAUUCAGACGGCUCUGUCAGGAAGCUUUCAGAGGAGCUGUCCCAGAGAGAGGAAGCUGUCCAAAAGCUUCAGAAGGAGAAAGAACACCUGGUGGAGCUCAGCCAGCAAGCCAUUGAGGAUCUGCAGAGCGAGGAGGAGAAGGUGAACCUCCUGACCAAAGAGAGGGCAAAGUUACAGGUGCAGGCGGAAGAUUUGGAGUACCUGUUAGAGCAGGAGCGGCAUCAGCGUGGGGAGCUGGAGAAAGGCAGGAGGAAGCUGGAGGGAGACAGCAGGUCCACUCUGGAGAGCCUCACUGAGAUGGAGAGGAUGAGGAGCAGCCUGGAGGACCUCAUGAAGAAGAGAGAUGUGGAGAUAACCAGCACCAGUACCAAGCUGGAGGCAGAAGAGGCCCUAAACAUCAGCCUGCAUAGGAGGAACAAGGAGCUGCAGGUCCGUAUUGAGGAACUGGAGGAGGAACUGGAGACAGAAAGAACCAUGAGAGCCAAGGUGGAGAAGCAGAGAGCUGAUCUGACCAGAGAACUGGAUGACCUUACUGAUCGACUGGAGGAGGCAGGGGGAGCCACAGCUUCACAGAUUGAAGUAAAUAAAAAGCGGGAGGCGGAGCUCCAGCGUCUGAGAAGGGACUUGGAGGAGUCUUCUAUCCAAUCAGAGGCCAUGGCUGCGUCUCUAAGGAAGCGUCAUGGUGAUGCGAUGGCAGAGCUGGGAGAGCAGUGUGAGAGUCUCCAGAGGACCCGGGCCAAGCUGGACAAGGAGAAACAGAGUCUACGCAUGGAGCUGGAGGACCUUGCUGCCUCACUGGACACCCUGCAGAAUGUCAGGGUGUCGACAGACAGCCAGCUGAGGAAGCUGGAGGAGCAGCUCUCUGAGGCCAACACCAGAGGAGACGAUCUGCAGAAAGCCCUGACUGAGGUCAACGUAGCCAGGAACAGACUCACAGCCGACAACGCAGACCUGGCCAGACAGCUGGAGGAGGCAGAGAGCAGAGCCAGCCAGGUCUGUCGCUCCAAGACCCUGAUUGUGACCCAACAUGAAGACAUCAAGAAACAGAUGGACGAGGAGCUCAAGUCUAAGCUGGCCCUGGCCAGCAGUCUGGCAGGGCUGCGUCAGGAGUGUGAGGUGUUGAAGGAACAGCUGGAGGAGGAGCAGGAGAGCAAGCUGGAGCUGCAGCGUUUCAUCUCCAAACUCAACACCGAGGUCACACAUUGGAGGACCAGACAUGAGGCGGACGCCAUACAGCACUUGGACGAACUGGAGGAGACCAAGAAGAAGCUGGCGUCUCGGCUCCAGGAGGCUGAGGAGGCGGUGGAGGCCACCCAGGCUAAGUGCUCCUCUCUGGAGAAGACCAAGCAGAGACUCCAGGGAGAGGUGGAGGAUCUCUGUAUAGACCUGGAGAAGGCUAGUAAUUGUGGCCAGGCGCUGGAUAAGAAACAGCGCAUCUUGGAAAAGCAGCUGGGCGACUGGAGGCAGAAGUGUGAGGAGCUGGUGCUGGAGGUGGAGGGUUGUCAGAAGGAGAGCAGACAGCAUGCCACGGAGCUCUUCAAACUGAAGACGGCCCAUGAAGAGGCUCUGGAACAGGGAGAUGCCCUACGCAGAGAGAACAAGGCCUACCAGGAGGAGAUAGUUGACCUGACUGACCAGCUCUCGGAUGGAGGCAAGAGCGUCCACGAGCUGCAGAAGACAAAGAAGAAGAUAGAGAUGGAGAAGGAGGAGCUGCAGGCCUCAUUGGAAGAGUCUGAAGCUGCCUUAGAGGCUGAGGAGACCAAGGUGCUGCGUCUGCAUCUGGAACUGUCCCAGGCUAAAGGAGACAUGGAGAGGAGACUCCAGGAGAAAGAGGAGGAGUUUGAGGCAGCAAGGAAGAGCCACCAGAGGGCACUGGAGUCCCUUCAGGCCAGUCUGGAUGUGGAGGUCAAAGGUCGCGGUGAGGGGUUGAGGGUGAAGAAGAAGCUGGAGUCUGACCUAAAUGAGCUGGAACUACAGGUGGACCUGUUCACCAAGAACAACAUAGAGCUCACCAAGAACACAAAGAAGAUGCAGCAGCAGAUCAAGGAACUGCAGGGCCAAUUGGAGGAGGAGGUGCGUGGGCAGGAGGAGCGGAGGGAGGAGCAGACCGUGUUGGAGCGACGCUGCCUCCUGCUGGUGAGCGAGGGCGAGGAGACACGUGGUGCGCUGGAGAAUGCUGACAGACAACGCAAAACCUUAGAGAUUGAGCUUACAGAGACCAACGAGAAGUACAACGACCUCAACAACCAGUUCCAGUCAGCGCUGAGUGGUAGGAGGAAACUGGAUGUGGAUUUACAGGCACUGCAGCAGGAGCAUGAGGAGCUGCAGAACGAACUGAGAGGAGCCAAUGACAAGAUCAAGAAGGCCAACUGUGAGGGAGCACGUGUGUCAGAGGAACUGAGAUUAGAGCAGGACCACACCCUGCACAUGGAGCGGGUGAAGAAGGGUCUGGAGGCCCAGUUAAAGGACAUGGGCACCAGGCUGGAUGAGGCUGAGCAGAUGGCCCUCAAAGGAGGCAAGAAGAUCAUCCAGAAACUGGAGGGCAAGGUAAAGGAGCUGGAGUUGGAGCUGGACUCGGAGCAGAAGCGUCACACUGAGACGGUGAAGACGCUGCGUAAGAACGAGCGUCGUCUGAAGGAGCUGCUGUUCCAGUCCGAGGAGGAUCAGAAGAACCAACACCGCAUGCAGGAACUUGUGGAGAGACUCCAGAAUAAGAUGAAGGCCUACAAGAGACAAGUAGAGGAGACGGAGGAGCAGGCCAACAUGAACCUCGCUAAGUACAGGAAGACUGUACAUGAGUUGGAUGAUGCUGAAGAAAGGGCAGACAUUGCGGAGUCAGCCCUCACCAAGAUCAGGACCAAGAACCGCGGUAGCUUCAGCAAGGGAUACUCGUCUGGUUACAGCACUCCGUACCCCGGGGGGAUCGUGAGGUCACCCAGUUCCGUUGGGUCAGAGGGUAGAAGUGAGAAGAUUAUCAACGACGACAAUGACUCGGUCAGCUCCCUCAUCCCAGCUUAUCUCAACUCCCUGAAGAAACUCAUGAUAGACUAGCACCUAGGGAGGGAGUCAGUUGGAUGUACCAAACAUUCCAGAGCAAAGAAACAUGUGCUGUCUUACAUAUGUAGGAUCUUAAUUUGAGACGGUUUGCUGCAGCAGGAAACGUGCAUUAUAAUUCAUGGAUACUUUUGAAGGGGUUGAUACAUUUUUCAUUUGGGCAAAUUAAGUCUGACAUUUCAAAGUGGAAACUAAACUUUAGAAGACUUUUUAAAAUUCAAAAACUACAAGUUUGUGUUUCCUGCUGUGCAGGACAAUUCUCAAAUUAAGAUUCUACGUUUGUAUGUUUUUACUUUUAAAUUCAAACCAAUUUCCCUGCAUACAUGCAGUGUCCGACAUUUCAAAGCAAUAUUUGUUUCAGGAUUUUGUGGUAUACAAUACAUACAGUUGAUGUCCGAUGUUUACAUACACCUUAGCCAAAUACAUUUAAAAACUGUUUCACAAUUCCUAACAUUUAAUCCUAGUAAAAAAUAUAAAAAAAUAGGUUAGUUAGGAUCACCCCUUUAUUUUAAGAAUGUGAAAUGUCAGAAUAAUAGCAGAGAGAAAUAUUUAUUUCAGCUUUAAUUUCUUUCAUCACAUUCCCAGUGGGUCAGAAGUUUGCAUACACUCAAUUACUAUUUGGUAGCAUUGCCUUUCAAUUGUUUAACUUGGGUCAAAUGUUUUGGAUAGCCUUCCUCAAGCUUCCCACAAUAAGUUGGGUGAAAUUUGGCCCAUUCCUCCUGACAGAGCUGGAAUAACGGAGUCCGGUUUGUAGGCCUCCUUGCUCGCACACGCUUUUUCAGUUCUGCCCACAAAUCUUCUAUAGGAUUGAGGUCAGGGCUUUGUGAUGGCCACUCCAAUACCUUGACUUUGUUGUCCUUAAGCCAUUUUGCCACAACUUUGGAAGUAUGCUUGGGGUCAUUGUCCAAUUGGAAGACCAAUUUGCAACCAAGUUUUAACUUCAUGACUGAUGUCUUGAGAUGCUUGCUGUCUUGCUUCAAUAUAUCCACAUACUUUUCCUACCUCAUGAUGCCAUCUAUUUUGUGAAGUGCCCCAGUCCCUCCUGGAGCAAAGCACCCCCACAAUAUGAUGCUGCCACCCCCGUGCUUCACGUUGGGAUGGUGUUCUUUGGCUUGCAAGCGCUCCCCUAUUUCCUCCAAACAUAACGGUGGUCAUUAUGGCCAAACAGUUCUAUUUUUGUUUCAUCAGACCAGAGGACAUUUCUCCAAAAAGUACGAUCUUUGUCACCAUGUGCAGUUGCAAACCAUAGCCUGGCUUUUUUUAAUGGCAGUUUUGGAGCAGUGGCUUCUUCCUUGCUGAAUGGCCUUUCAGGUUAUGUCGAUAUAGGACUCGUUUUACUGUGGAUAUAGAUACUUUUGUACCGGUUUCCUCCAGCAUCUUCACAAGGUCCUUCGCUGUUGUUCUGGGAUUGAUUUGCUCUUUUCGCACCAAAGUACGUUCGUCUCUAGGAGACAGAAUGCGUCUCCUUCCUGAGCGGUAUGACGGCUGCGUGGUCCCAUGGUGUUUAUACUUGCGUACUAUUGUUUGUACAGAUGAACGUGGUACCUUCAGACUUGGGAGCAAUUUCCAAAUGCCUGAACCAGUCUUGUGGGGGGUCUACAAUUAUUUUCUCCUGAGGUCUUGACUGAUUUCUUUUGAUUUUCCCAUGAUGUCAAGCAAAGAGGCACUGAGUUUGAAGGUAGGCCUUGAAAUACAUCCACAGGUUACACCUCCAAUUGACUAAAAUAGUCAAUUAGCCUAUCAGAAACUUCUAAAGCCAUGACAUAAUUUUCCGUCAUGGCUUUAGCUGUUUAAAAGCAGUCAACUUAGUGUAUGUAAACUUCUGACCCACUGGGAUUGUUAUACAGUGAAUUACAAGUGAAAUAAUCGGUCUGUAAACAACUGUUGGAAAAAAUUACUUGUGUCAUGCACAAAGUAGAUGUCCUAACUGACUUGCCAAAACUAUAGUGUGUUAACAAGAAAUUUGUGGAGUGGUUGAAAAAUGAGUUUUAUUGACUCCAACCUAGGUGUAUGUAAACUUCAGACUUCAACUGUCUAUCAUCAAUGCUAAUGUUAAUGAGAUUGUUGUCCAGUUGAUUUCCUUUGUAUGAUUUAAUCCAUCUUAGGUAUUUGUGAUUCAGUUCAUAAUACGGAUGAUAACGAAAACCACUCUUCCUAAAAACUUUGUUUAUAUUCUCCAGCUCAAAUGUUCUGUAAAAAAAAAUAUAUAUAAAAAUUGAUGCUUGGUUAUAAAGACAUUGAUAGACAGUUUAAAGUCCGACAGAGAAGGCACAAGAAAGUUUGUGUUCACUUUUGACUCUCAUUCUACUUGGUCAAACUCUUUGGAUGAGCAAGUAAAGUUAUAUAGCAGUGAUGUGCAUGACCUUUUGCAACGAGGGGGCAAUAUCCUUACCUGAAAUCUGCAUUUGUAUCUUCCACUGGCAUCUGAGGUUAUACACGCUUGCAUGUCGAGUAAGAAUUUCAGUAACACUUUAUUUGGAUAGUCCAUCUGUAGAUGCCCCAGACUAAAUCAGUAACAUUUCAACAAACCAUCUACUAACUAACCUUAACCCUUAUUCUAAACCUAACCGUAACCUUAGCAAGCAAUUGCUUAUCAACAGAUCGUUUGUUGAUAGUCCGUCUGUAGAUGCUCGUACUAUCCAAAUAAACUGUUCCCAGAAUUCCGGACGUAAGAUUUGACGAAGAUGGUAUAUCAAAGUUGACCAUUAUUAUAAUGUGCAGACAUAUACAUCGCUGCCGAAGCAUUUUUACAUUACUUGUCCAAAGCAUUUUAUUGUUGAAUGUGAAAAUGUGUUAUGAAAUAAACCCUUUUUAUUCAUC